ACUUCCUGACACACAAGUCUACUAGAGAUCUAGAUAUAGACUUAUAGACCAACGUCAGACCAGGCUAUAAUCAUCUAUUCUAGCUCUAUAAACAGCCAUUAUUUAUAACAAUCCUAGAACUAGAUCUAUAUUAGAAGUAUUAGAUCUAUAGAUCUAGCAUUAAGUCUAUUAGUAUUAGUCUUAUUAGUACUAGUAGAUCUAGAUCUAGAUAUCUACUUGGAUUUAUAAACCUUUUUACUAAAGAGUAAAGUUCACUAAAUUGGAUUUAUUUUAAAAUGUCUUAUCCUACUAAAGAUCCAUCAUUUACACAAAGCCACAAUGGUCCCUAUCCAAGCCAACAACAGCAAAUGGGAAUGCCACAAAUGGCACCUUAUCCCCCACCAGCAUACCCCUAUGCUCCACCUCCCUACUCCAGCCAUCCUACACCAAUUCCAGCUCCUCAGCCUCAGCCCCAGUAUCAGUCUCAACAGCUCCCCUACAACUCAGCUCCCAUGAUGGCACCAGGCCCUCCCCCACCCUAUUCUUACCAUCAGCAAUCUUACAGUGUUGGCUACCCAACACAAGCAGGUUUUACUUAUCACCACUCACAGAACAUAACAGCCACUGCUCAGUUUGAUUCAGGCGCAAGAUUUGAUGGCAUUGCAACUCAGCACAUUCCGCCCCCACCCCCUGGCUGUGCUCCAAAUGCAGCACAGAUGGCUGUUGCUCAGGGUGGCUCUGUUGUGGCCACACAGAAGAAGGCAGGCUGGCUGACAGGUGGCAGUGGUGGUGGAGUCUCAUUCUGGUAGAAGGGUAAAGAUCUGAGACUUUGCAAGUGGUAAUGACUACAAUUCAAGAUAAGCUAUGUAUGGCUUUAAUGCAACUUCAAUUUUGUAUACAACAAUUUUAUUGAAAAGUUUUUUUUUGCUUCAAACAUUUUGAAAACAUUAAAGAUAAAAUUUCUAUCCUAAAAUAUGUUGCCUUACAUGUUCAGAGUAACUUAAGACUUUCAUAGUUCCUGUCCACUUGUAUUUCAAUAAGAUAAUGUACAUGUAUUUUGUGGAUCUUAUUGAUCUGAACUAUUUUAAUCAUGGUAUAUUUUAUAUUUGGUGUGAUUUAUAUUUACAUUCCUGUUUUUUUUUCUUCCUAUUUAUUUACACAAUAUGCAAUUAGAAGUGUGAAUAGAUGUGGUCAAUGUUAUCACAUCAAUAUGAAGAUGACAGAGUGACAAAGACUCUCUCAGUGAUUUAACUACAAAAUGUUUGUUCAGAAAUGCUGCAGCUAUUGUUGUUAGCUACAUCUUUAGUUUCUCCUAGAAAUGUUGUUUGUGUUGUCAACUGACCAAAAAAAAAAACAUUUUGGUGUCAUUCACUUUAAAAUCAUUAGUCAUGACAAGUUAGAAUGAUUGUAAGAUUUAGUUAAGUUAGAAAUAUACCUACAAAAAAAAAAAAUGCAGACUUGAGAAAAGUUUGAGAGGGAAAAUGCGGCCCACUACUAGCAUUGAACUAUAUGUUUUAUUUCCACUCUUCUUGUCAUUGUUUCACUUAUUUAAGUCUGUACUUUCUAGUUAUAUUUAUUUCAUGUAAAAAAAUGUGAUUGUUUUUGCUAGGUUUUGAUACACAUUUUGUUUCAAAGCAAUGACUGUAGAUGGAAACAGAAGUGACGACACACACUGGGCUACACACAUUUGAAUCUGUGAUAUGAGUUUGUGCUCAAGGCACUUCAUGCCUUAUAUUUCUGCCUUUACUUCAAAACUAAAACUUGUUUUUGUUAUCCUGAUACUGUGCACAAUGGUGUCUGUUUGCCAAGUGGUAAAAUAUUAUAUGUGACAAAAUUGUUUUUAAAUUAUAGUUGCCAGAUUUUUGUUUUGUUAUUAGAGGUUUAUCAUUAUGCUAAUUUGUAAUCACCUAAUACAUUAAAUGUGAUAAUUGAA